AGAUGAUUCUUGCGGUCUCAGUCAUUUCUGGGUGUGUCCGUAAAACAUGGCGGAGGAGAGAACGACUGAGGAUGCCACUCCAGUUGGUGUCAGGACAGCUCCUGAUUUUGGAAAGAUGUAUCAUGUCAAAGGUAUGCUGUCUUUGCCUUAUUCUGGUGAUUCUAAGCUAAAGGAACCGUUUGAAGUUUGGUACGACCUUGAGGGGAACAGAAGUCGCAUCGACUAUCGUAAUAGUACAGUGCGCACUUUUCUGAUUGGAAACGACUUGGAUUAUGGUGCCAUUUACCAGAUCACACCAGUUACCACUGAGACUGAAAUCCAAGCUAUUAAAUAUUUCCAGCUUAAUGGUACAAAGGAGGAUCCAAUACGUCCACAGACAGCACUGCCUGAUCUGCAGGGCUUUGAAUUUGAGAAGAUGGAGGAUUACGCAGGCGUUCAGCGUGAGGUCUGGAAAAAGGUCACACAGGCCGGUCAUAAGAAGAACACAUAUCGUCUGUGGGUCACACGUCCAGAGGGAAAUGAUUCCCCAGCCGUCCCGUACCACUUUGAGAUGAUGGGCUUCAACACUCUCUUGGAGUCUCACAAUGACAAAUACAUGAUUGACUACAGUGACUUCAGUCCCCAAACUGAGUCGGACAUUUUCACUCCCCCUGGAGGUUUUAUGUGUUUAGAAAUGGCGUAUGAGGAGUUUCCGGAUCCUCCUGAGGAGCAUCAAAUAUUGGCCAACCCCCUUCAAGACUAUGUCCACACCUCUCCUGUUAGCCACGCCCACCGUUUGUUUGGCCCCUUUAAGGAGAAGUUUAAACGUCAGUAUGCAAGUGAGAAGGAGCACGAGGAGCGCGAGAGCUACUUUGUACAUACUCUUCGGCUUGUGCACUCUUCAAACAGAGCCGGUCUUACAUUCAGCCUCGGUAUCAAUGACUCCGCCGAUUGGUCAAAGGCGGAGCUGGCCAGAAGGAGAGGACGUUUACGUGUUGCGGAAUAG